AUGGCUGCCCCUUCCUCUCCAAUCACGUACCCCCCAAGCUCGUCGCCUGCAGUUCCUACGAAGCGACCUUUUCGAGAUGGCUACCAGCAACCAACGAGACCAAAGGCGAGGGGAGGCUUCAUUAUGGAGGACUCUGAUGAGGAGGAAGAUCUGCCAGAGGAGCCAAGCCCAAAACGAAUUAUGCUCAACGAUCUGAGGGCAACUCCGGACUUGACGGCGAGCAACACGGAACCAGAGAGUCCUCCUGCUCUCGGAGAGAGGCCAGCAGGAGCAGACCAAGAGCCCGUUCAUAUACCAGACGCACAGCCAAGAGACGCCAUAGCUGUUGACGAAGAGGAGGAAGCUCGCUAUGCUCGCCUCUUCAGCCGAAACGAGGCACCAACGGAGACGCGUAUACCGACACGGAUUGGGAGGGACGGCUACGCAUUCGUCACUUGCUCGGGCAAGUCCGAUGGCGUCCUGAAACGCACGACUACGACCAACACUGCCUACAAGGACAUGGUUGCUGAGCGAUCGAGGACAAAAGAAGGCCGGGCAAAGCGCGCCUACUUUGGUAUCGAUAUCCACAAACUCAUGGGAGAUGCAACCAAGGAAAUCGAAGCUUUCAAGACGAAAACGAAUCCGGCCCCAAGCCAUACGAGACCGGUCAUACAGUCCGUGGAGGACCGAUCCGGGAAUCUCAGAAAGCCCAAGAAGACCAUGCUAUGGACGGAGAAAUACCGCGCCCGGAACUUCGUAGACCUCGUGGGCGACGACUUCACGAACAGGCAGGUCCUGCGAUGGCUCAAGCGCUGGGACACGGUUGUCUUUCCGAACUCAGCUCGACCCAAGCCCGCCGCGCCGAGGAAACAAGCGGCCCAGCAGCAAGAAGAAGAGGAGAAGACACACAGGAAGAUUCUGAUGCUGACCGGUCCGCCUGGGCUGGGCAAGACAACACUCGCACAUGUAUGCGCACGACAAGCUGGGUACGAGGUCAUUGAGAUCAACGCAAGCGAUGAUCGAAGUCGAGAUGUUGUGAAGGGGCGUAUCAGGACCAGCUUGGGCACAGAGAGCGUGAAGACGGUCGAACAUGCAAAGCCGAAACCCGGUACGAAAGCCAAGGUUGCCCGCCCAGCGUGUGUCGUGGUGGAUGAAGUGGACGGUGUCACAACCGGCUCCGGUGCCUCGGGAGAGGGUGGAUUCGUCAAGGCUCUGAUCGACCUGGUCAUGACUGACCAGAAGAACAGUUCUGGGGCCGCAGGCGCAUCGGCUGCGCGGAAGAAAAAGAAGGGCGACGACUUCCGCCAAAUGAGACCCCUGAUCCUCAUCUGCAAUGAUGUCUACCAUCCGUCCCUACGUCCCCUCCGCCAAUCGGGCCUCGCAGAAAUCAUUCGCAUUGGCAAGCCAUCUGUUGAUGCCGUCGUGGGCCGACUGAAGGCAGUCUUUGAGAAAGAAGGAAUCCCCUGCGAAAAGGAUGCUGCACGGAAGCUUUGCGAGUCAGCAUGGGGUAUGUCGAAUGCACUUGAUGCCAAGAAGGGCGCCGAGAGUGCUGCCGAAGGCGAUCUUAGAGGAGUGAUGGUUGUGGGAGAGUGGGUUGCUGGCAGGCUGAAGGCGCAAGAUUCGAAAGGUCCGAUACAGCUCACACGCCAGUGGGUCGACAAGAAUAUUGUCCAAGAUUUGCAACACGGUGGUGGCGGCGCUCGUGGACUGGGCCGCGGAGGCGUCAAGGAGAUUGUCAGCCGUGUUUUCCAAGAGGGCGCUGGAUUUCCCCGGCAGGCCGACGUGAGCGUGAACAAGAAGACACGGCACGAACAACCACAAGCUCAGCUGGGUUUCACGGAGCAUUUGAAGAAGCAUGCCAUCGAACGGCUGCGUGAGAUGGUGGAUACGAGCGGCGAGGUGGAGCGAAUCCUGACCGACGUCUUCUCGGAGUACCCCAACCGCGAGUUCAACGACGAUUCCUAUCUUUCCAAACCAACCGAAGCCUACGAAUGGCUCAGCUUCCACGAUGACUGCUCGUCACGGCUCUACGCCAGUCAAGAGUGGGAACUGGCGCCUUAUCUCAGCCAGCCCGUAUUGGCUUGUCACCACCUCUUUGCUAGCCCACACCGACCACAGGCCAACACGGGUUACGACAAGCAGUGGCGAGCCGCAGAAGGUGAUCCUGGAGCCGAAGAAGCGCCAUUACCCUUCACCGGGCCUCGUGCCGACUAUACUGCGUACGAGACAGUCAAACAGAACCGGGCCUUGUUGCAAGGGCUCCAGGGCCAACUACCGGCGACUUUGAUGCGGGCCUUCAGAAGCCCGGAGGAUAUUGCGACAGAUUUCUUGCCAUAUCUGGUCCGUUUGGUCUCACCAGAUGUUAAACCGGUCGUCGUGGGUGGAAGCAGUGACAAAGGUGCUGUGGCGAGCGUUCGGCGAGAAUCCGAAAAGAACAUGGUCAAGCGAGGCGCCGAGGUGCUGGCCGAGGUGGGCAUCGCCCUGGUGAAGGGCAAGAUCGAGGACUUCAACCCGUCGAUGGCGGGACGGACGCAGUGGGUGUAUCGCAUGGACCCUGACCUCGACAUGCUCUCAACCUUUGAAACGGCAGGGGCACACGUCCUAGCCGCACAGAUCCCAGUGCGCUACGCCGUCCGCCAAGUCCUCGACCAGGAACUGCAGAAGACGAUCGCACAGCGCGAGACGGCCGCCCGCCAGGCGCGCUUCAGGGCCGGCAUGGGCGGCGGCGCCGAGCCGGAGCAGCACGACCUGCUGCCGCACGACGACAAGGAGAACGCCACCGCCGGGCAGAAGGCCCUCGCGAUUAUGCCGACCAUCGUAAAGAAGGACUUCUUCGGGCGCGUGGUCCUGGAGAAGCCGCUGCAUGAGAUUGACGGGAACAGUGGGGGCCAGAAGAAGGGGCAGGCGGCCGAUAAGGAGGAGAACAAGGUCUGGGUCACGUAUCAUGAGGGGUUGAAUAAUGCUGUGAGGAAGCCUAUUACCUUGGAGGAUUUCCUGAAAGGGCUGUGA